UUGUUAAAUAGAGAAAACACAUGAGUGUUUGUUUCCUGUUCGUUUGUACUACAGUCUCAGUGGAGAAGGGACUACGUAGAGACGCUGAGCCGAUUUUUUGUUCCUAGAGCAGCUUUCAAUUGACUCCUGCUGUAGCACUCUUUCUGGAUCUAAUCAAAUGAAGAGGCUUUCAAUUGAUUCCUGCUGUAGCACUCUUUCUGGAUCUAAUCAAAUGAAGAGGUAUGAAAUUGGCCAAUGGAUUGGAGAUGGGAGCUUCGGUGAUGUAUUUAAGGCAUAUGAUACAAAGACGAGGGAAAAUGUUGCUAUUAAGAUCAUUCAGUUUCAGCAUAGAGACACAGGCCUGCCCAGUGAAGUCUUAAGGGAAAUCUCUGUGUUGAUGGAGUUGGAUCAUGCCAAUGUUGUAAGGUUGUUGGAUGUUGAAUUGGCAAACUUUGGCUGCUGUCUUGUUUUUGAAUCCAUGGACUAUGACCUUUCUGGGUUCAUGGAAGCUCAUCCAGAAACUUUUGCGGAUCCACUAGUGAUAAAAAAACUACUGCUCCAAAUACUUGAAGGUGUCUCUUACUGCCAUUCUCAAAAAGUUUGGCACCGAGACUUGAAACCUCCUAAUUUGCUCAUCAAUUCUGACCUUACUAUAAAACUUGCUGAUUUUGGUUUCGCCAGGACAGUUGAUGUUUUCCUUUCAAGCUAUUCCGAGGAUGUAGCAACUCUUUCAUUUCAGGCACCUGAAAUCCUGCUUGGCCUACCAUACACUUCUGCUAUAGAUAUAUGGUCUGUGGGAUGUAUAUUUGCUGAGUUGGUGACACUGGAAGUUCUCUUUCCAGGGACAAGUGAUGCUCUUAUGUUGCAGCUCAUUGUCAGCUUGUUUGGUCUGCCUGAUUCAAGCUACUGGCCAGAAGGAGCAUCUGCCUUGUCAAAGAAUUUAGGCUCAAAGGCAGUACCUACUGCAUCCACACAGACCCUUAAGAGCAUUGUCCCUCGCCUCGAUCCUGAAGGAUUAGACCUUUUAGAAAAAAUGCUGUCUGUCAAUCCACAUAAAAGGAUUACUGCUGCUGAUGCACUAAAGCAUCCAUACUUCGACGACCUGCGAGUGAAUCAUUAACCAUUUCUACUUGAGAUUUGGAUAUAUGGAUCCAACUUUGCUUUAAAAAAAUAAAUUUGUGUGACUACAUCACAAUAUGAUUUCUGCACUCUAUUUUGUGCCUCAUUCAGCAAAAUUCUCGUUUGAAAUAAUAAGAAAUCAAGUAUCUGACAUUGUUUAUUUGCAAGCAGAAAGAAUGAAUCAGGGAGACAACAUGGAUCAGGUUCCACCAUGAAUCCUAGUCUUUGAAAUCCUGGUAAAUGAAACUCAACAGAUUGUUUGCCACAGUGUAGCCCCCAUCGAUGACUAGAUUGUGUGCCGUAAUGAAGCCCGAUUCGUCGCUCGCCAGAAACAGGACAGACUGUGCAACAUCCUCCAUGGUACCUCCCCUGCCCUUGAUAAGGCUUGCUCUCUCACCCACAAUCUUGGUCACAUCCUCUGGCUGGAGAUCCGGAUUCCCCAUCAGCACUCUGUAGGGAUCCAGGAGCAGCUCGGAGGGCACGCCGUGCGGCAGAAUGCAGUUCACCCUAAUCCCGUGUACUCCCAGCUCGCAGGCGGUUGUCCUGGCGACGCCAAGGAUGGCAUCUUUGGACAUUGUGUAGGCAUGGGAUGCCAGGCCGCCCAUGACGGCUGCAGAGCUCGACGAACAUAUGAUGGAUCCGCCGUGUUUCCCCUUGAUCAUGGCGCGCGCAGCGUACUUGAUCCCGUGCACCACCCCGAACAGAUUCACUUCCAGAAGAGCCAUCAGCUGCUCAGUUUUGAGAUUGGUGAUGCUCCCGCAAGGACCGCCUAUGCCGGCAUUGUUGAACAUGAUGUCCAGCCGCCCUUUCCAGUCGAGAGCUAGCUGGACCGCACGUUCCACAUCGCUCUCAACCGACACAUCGCAGUGGAUGUACCUGGCUCCAAUGGAAUCUGCUAGCUUUUCGCCUGGCUCGUCGAGGAUGUCGGCAAUGACAACAUAUGCCCCGCUUUCAGCAAACGCCUUGGCCGUAGCAGCCCCGAUCCCCCUUGCUCCACCUGUUACGACGGCGACCUUCCCUGGCAGUCUACUUUGCAGAAGAAACAGGAAAGAAAGGUAAGAGAUCUGAAAGCAUUUGAGAAGCAGAAUGAAAUCACCAAGGUAUGUACUACUACUACUACUACUAGUACUAGUUUGUAUUGUGCUGACCUUUUUGGUUUUGGGGGAAGAACGUGAGCUGUGCCUGUGGAAUCCAUUUGAUCUGUGUGAUGGAUAGUUUGGUUGCAAUUUUGGUGGUAUAUAUAGCUGAUACUUAACUGAUUAUUUAAUCCUGCACACUCUUUUCAUUUACACAACUAACCUCUCUCUAACUGCAGACGUUUUUUUCUACUAAUUUCCAGGUGUAGAGAUGAGAUCGAAACAUAGAAGAUUUGUGGCUUCCUCCUCUCAAUCAUAGUAUUUAUUUAUUUCCAGAUAUAAUCUAAUGUUCUUGUCUUAUAAAAGACACAACACAGCCCCACUUCAUGAGCAGCUUAAUCCAACACAGCCCCACUUCAGUGCUUCAUUUGGAUCAGUCUAUCUUCCUUCUCAUUUACUACUCCAUUAUUAUUGCUUGUCAUCUUAUCUUGCCAUGAGUUUAGGUCGGUCUUUACAUGAGGCAUAUACAGAUCUGUUGUAGUAGCUGCAGGCUAUGUCUAAAAAGCUGCAGGCUUUGAAUAAAACACAUACAUACACACAUUGAUCUUCCUGUUAUAAAUGAGUAUUUUGAAUUAAAAACACUUUGAUGUGUCGCCUCCAUAGCCUGUCUUCCGCCACCGUGGCCAUCGCCCGUGUUUCUGGCCGUCCCGGUAUUGUUGGAGCUUCGGGUCGGGUCCAAUGGAUGGGCUUUCGCCCAUUGUCCAAGACCCGCCCGGAUAGAGUCGGUCCAAAGGAAUUCGGAUCUGGUUUGGACCAGUAUUCAAACAUAUUCGGGUCGGGUCAGGAUCCAAAGAGAGUACUAUAAAUUACAUCUAAAUUAUGUUAAAAUAAAACUCGACUUUUACUUGGUAUAAUUUGGGUUCACCGGAGAAUGUCUGCUCCCAUAGAUUCGAAGGCGCAAUCGGCCUCCGAUCUCCAAAAGGAGGUGAGGAAUCAUGAAGUUGCUUUGGCUGAACUUAGUAGCCUUGCUUCUUCUCGAGUACGAGUUUGUGAGCUUGUAGUCUAUCAAAGAAAUGGUAAUAUAUUCUUCCGGACAACUGUGCCAAAAGCAACAGCUUUUGAGCAAAAACAACUGGAAAGCGCUAAAGCUAGGCUGCCGAAAAGCUAAGCCAAGCCCGUCUUAACAUCUUCGAUCCUCUUAUCCCGAGAGUUUCUGGUUGAACUUUCAGAUUACAAUCCGUUGCUUUUCUUGUUGAAUCAGCUACAUUCUUGCAAAGCUGACAAAAUUUAUAUUAAUCUUUACAAUGUCGAGAUGAUCAUAAUCGUUUUUGUCAUAAUGGUUGAAUGAGUAGUCGAUAAUAA